AUGUAUAAAAAGGUACCCAACUUCCUUACAAGUCUACUCCAAAACAACCUCUUGCUACUUUCAAAGUCUAUCGAACGCGAGGAUCUAUUUGACAAUGCCCACAACGAUGGAAUUUGGGAUGUUGCAUGGUCGAAAAAUACAAAUUAUGUAAUCACUGGAUCAGAGGAUUCUACUGUCAAAUGUUGGGAUGGUACAUCAGGAGAAUUACAGUUUGAUCUCGAGGGACAUUCUUUGGGGGUAAUAUCGGUUGAUGUGACUCAAGAUGGAAAACGUCUUGCAUCUUCAUCGAUAGAUUCAACUAUAAAAAUUUGGGAUCUUGAGAAUAGUGGUGCUCUUUUGAAUACAAUCACGGCUUCAUCUCUUGAAGCGUGGACCGCUAAAUUCAGCCCUGACGGCAGAUUUGUUGCGACAGGCUCGCACAACGGAGAGCUCCACCUUUACAAUGUCGAGUCUGGCCAAAAGGCUCACACUUUUGCUACAAGGCAAAAGUUCUUGAUGUGCACUGCCUAUAGCCCAGAUGGAAAAUAUCUUGCUGGCAGCGCAGAGGAUGGCACUAUCUAUGUGUUCAAUGUAGAAACCAAUCAACUCGCGCACACACUCUCAUCUCAUGCAUUGGCUGUCCGCACUUUGGCCUUUGCACCAGACAGCCGUACACUUAUCAGCGGUAGCGACGAUAAGUGUAUUUAUGUUCAUGAUGUUGAACAUGGACAGCUUGCUUCAGCAUUGACUGGCCACAGUGCUUGGGUUCUUUCUGUUGCCGCCAAUCCCGAUAUCAGUAAACAACAAUUGGCUAGCUCUGGGUCAGAUAAAAAAGUCAAGAUCUGGGAUCUCGCAAUGCGGUCUGUAAUAGAGACACAGGAGGUUCAUUCGGAUCAGGUGUGGGGUGUUGCAUGGAAUCCUGAAGGAACCAAGCUAGUAUCUGUAUCCGACGACAGAUCUGUCAAGUGGUUUGCUAGCAGUGGAUCUUCAUAAUAAUUCUAUAAGCAUGCAUCCUUUGUUAUUGUUAUUUCUCAAAGUAUGAGAAGAUAAUAAUAAUAAUAUUAGGGGUAAUCUCCAUACUUUAUGCAAAAGCGGAGCCUGUAUGCCAUUUUUACUGUAGCAAAUGAAUCAAACAACUUUGUAUAAAAAGUACUGUAAAACGCCAAAAAAAAGUAAUACAAAUCCAGUAUUGAAUCUCUCUC